AUGCUGAGAAGCGGAUGCCAGCGUAAUGGUGUUGGUGUUGGAAGGCGGCUGCAGGCGAGGCCAGGAGCAAACCGACCGGCAGGGGCAAACAACAACAAAAAAAUGAAGAAAAAAAAACGAAGUGAAAAACGGCGGAUCAAAAUGGCAAAACUCGAAGCGAGACUCUGCUCCUCUUCAAGAAAAUACCUUACGACGGAUCGCCCCGAGGGGGUCACCGCGCGCAAAGUACUUUUUUCUCUCCUGCCAGGCCGCUUGGGACGACACAGCGGCUCGAAGACCGAAAAGGUUGCCAGGCCGAUUCUAGCAGAACCGCGAAUCGAACAGUUGGCCCUAGCGGGGGAGGGUUUGGGGGCCAGCUCCGUACCACUAGACUAUUCGAGCCCACUCACGGCUGCUUUGGUGACAGGAGAAGCAUUAUGUUUACUUAAGUAG